ACUGCUCAUGUACGAUCCUAAAACUAAGGUAACGUUACAGUUGGCCGACCAGCUAGCCUACCCCUUUGGUGUUCAACUAAGCAAGGAUAAGACAGGAGUUCUCAUUACUUCGCCACUUCUGCAUGCCAUCUACAGGUACGAUCUGAAGACACGCAAUGUUUCUGUGUGGACAGAAGGUCUUCCGGGAAUGCCACUUGGCAUACGCUACAGCGAAAGUUCAGAUUCUUACUGGCUGGCCAUGUCAUCCCCUAGGAGUGUGGAACGACCAAACAUGUUCGAGAAUUUGGCGAAGUCUCCGUCAAACCGACGCUACGCUGCUAAAUUCGUCAGCAUGGACAUGAUCGAGACCCUAAGACAAGAGCACGGCUUCACCAACGAGGCUAUGGUGGCUGAAGUGACUGCCAGUGGAACAAUAGGGCGUGUGCUGCAGGACUCGAACACUAACCCACUGGGAGCUGUCACUGAGGCACAACAUGUCAAUGGUGUUUUGUACACAUCUUCUUUUUUUGGCGCCGAUGCAGUACAUACCGUGAACCUGAAACAUAAGUCUCGAAGCUAACAUAUUGGCUGAAGAAAAAAAAAGUUAUAUAGAUCUAAGUCUCGGUGGUGUGAAAACAUUGACGAUUUUUUCCAAGACGCUAGUCAACAAAGAAAAAUGGAAAAGACAAGCUCAAAAACAUAAUUAAACUACCACCAUCACCACUACCAAAACAAAACCAGCAGCAUCGACAACGACAAUUGAAAUAGAUGGAAGACUAGAUCUACAAAUACUUACCUGUAUUUUCUCCAAACAAUAUUCCAUAUAAUAAUAAUACAUUCUGAUGAUAUUAUGGCAAUGAAAAAAAUUCUAAUGCCACAAAGUGAAAAAAGUAACUAGAUAAAACAAGGAACAGAUUUUGUGUUUUAAACGUUUGCUUUUGCAUUUUCUGAGCACAGCCGAAUCUGUUUCGUUAUUCGGUUUCCCCCUCGCAUUCCUUCAUGUAGACCAUACCUUUGCCCACCUGGUAGGCCCCUAAGGCUAGGGUGUGAUCGGAGUAAUAGAAUGUUGUUCCUUUCACUUAGGUUUUCUCAAUCUUUUGGAAGCGUGGCUUUCGAUUUAUAUUAUUACCCAGAUAUUGGUUAAGACAUUUACUUUGCCUUUGCACCGACUGUCACAAUUUUCAUUAUUUGUUCUCUCCUGUAGACAAAUCGUCCGACGGUUUUGAGGUGUCCUAAAUGGGUGUCCUAUUUAAAAGCUAGUCAUUGUUCACCUCAACGGUGCGACCUCGCUUGCAGAAGUUCGUAUCGUUGAUUUGUGUUUUUUGCUUGUAUUAAUUGGUCGCUAGUUGGAUGUCGGCUUUGGCUAUCCUUCCUUCUCGGGUAAAGGAUUUUCGAAAAUGCUUGAACGUACUUCCGGCAGUCAGUUGCACAAUUCUUCAAAUAUUACAACAAAAUAAAAUGUUCUAGCGUGCAUUAGAAAAGAGAAGACAGCAACCCAGUCUCUAUCCCCACCUCCUUUCAUGUAUGCCCCCACCCCCAAUUCCUUUCGUUUCCAUUCACAAAAUAAAUAUUUUUUUCGCUGUUGCCUUUUCUCUUUUUCCUGCAUCUUUGUCAGUUUUCAUCUUGUUUAUCCGAAUACCGCACAUCUUCAACUGCUUUUUUUUGGGUGGAAAAAUAGAAUUCUCAAAAUUAAAAAAAAGUCAUUUGAGUC